CGGGUCUCUGUACGCCGGAAAUACGCAGUCGUUCAGCAGGGCCAGGGCGUCGGCUUUCAUCGAAAUGAGCGAUCCAACAAUAUCAUUGGGCUUUGUGAGCUCCCUGAUAGCGACUUGUCUCGUUAGUUCCCCUCGGCGUCAUCUUCAUCCGGGCCCGGGUCGUUAGCCUCAGGGUGCUCGCCUCGUGAUGGAGUUCAAAGGUUGGCGAUGAUGUCAAAGACCGAUCCGCGUCCCCAUGGAAAAUGUUGGUCCUGAUCGUCAGCAGGGGCUCUUUCUGGGGAGUCUCGGACAAAGAUCCGGUUGUGUGUUAGCAAGUCCCACCCGUUCGCUGCCAGAUGGGAAGGAACGUGACAGAUCGUUUGUGGCGCUCGGUUAUGAUGCAGGGACCAAUGAGGUCCGAGAUGAGCACUCUCAAGUUGGAUGCCCUCACAAAAGCCACGCCUCUCAUGAUAGGCAGAAGGCCAUCAUGAACUUGGAUGUCUUUGAUCUUCGAGACGUUUUCGUGGAAAACUUCUGCCAACAGCAUCAAACGGGUAUGCUAAGACCUGAUGCUAUCGCCAACACCCAACUGUUUGGCGCUGGGGUACAAGGAUGAGUCGGCUUGAGAUGCGCAUCACAUUUGUUUCCAGGUAGUUGGCGUUCUGCGAUCAGAGGGGGCAUUCUGAGCCACGUGGAUCAAAAGAGGAACGCUGUGUUUCUGCCCAGUCGGAAAAGGUCGAAAAGAGCCGCGUCACAUGCAGUGCUGCAGUGAUGAUGUCGGCGCCGGAUCUGCUUGAGAUCCAGUCUGCCGGUAAUCACAACCCUUGCGU